AAAAAAAAAGCUGCAGCGAUGCCCUUCUAAAACUUAAAAUUUUGACAAAAUUGAAGUUUGGCCUCCUCGUCUCGCUCUGCCGCCGAACACACGCUCUCUCUCUCUCACUCUCUCUCACGGCAGCACAACUUCCUUGGCGUCACCACCGAGCUUCCGACAGAGUAGAAGGGCCAAAACUCUGCGGCGAAAGUUUUUGGAAAAAGGAGAAAUUUGUAGAGAUCUUGAAAUUUUGAGAUCAUUUGGUGAAUUUAGCUUGAAAGGGGAAUCUAAUCUGUUUCUGACGGUCACUGGCUUGUGGGGUUGGAGAAAGAAAAGUGAUACUUUACAGUUUCAGCUGUCUCAAUAUCUGAUUUUCUGGGAAUGAAGAUACUAGAGGCUAAUGCUGGUGCACUUGCCAAUUUUGAAGUGCUCAAUUUUCUAAAAUCCAAAGGAGCUUCAAAGGAUCCAACAAGGGUUCUUGCCGAUGUAGCUCCAUCUGAAUACAAAGUUUAUGACUAUUUGGUUGAGACUGCUGCUUGCGAUCAGACAAAAGAAAACGUCAAUGAGUUCUUGGAGAAGUGCAAAAAGUAUGACCUUGCAAAAGCUGAGGUGCUCAAUAUUAUCAACAUUAGGGCGUCCACUGCAGUUGAAAUUUACUUGAUUGUAGAGGAUUGCGAGAAGCGUUUAGGGGAUGACGUUGACGAGCUCGUGAAGACUGUGGCGGAGGUGUUGCCUCCGGCUCCAACUGAACCCGCAAGUGAAGAGGUAAAUAAUGAGGCUGAUGAGAAAACUGCAGACCAAAAUAUCAAUGAACAACUGGUUGGUGAAGGUCCGGAGAAAGCCCCUGACAAGGAGCCGAUAGAAACAAGUUAAGGAUAUUGCAACUUAAAAUUAAUAGUUGAAAGCUAACUAAAGAAUUUUAAUUAGUUUGAGCUAAAAUCUGAAGGUUCUAAUGAUUUAUUGGUGGUAAGAAAUUAGUUUUGCAUUGACAAAUUACAAGUUUACAAAUUUUGGUUGGGUCUUGAGAAGUGAAGAGUUGAAUCCUUGUAAGGCAUUGGAAUUAGGUUCUCGUAGCUUGCUUUUAGUUGACUUUGCGGUUAGUGACUUUGCUUAUGUUAAUAUGGUGGAUGUUAAUUAUGAAUAGAUAGUCAGGAUUAUGACAAAA